AUUACGGAGACAAAUGCGCGGCAGAGACGAUCAUUGAUGAUUCCUUAAAUUGCUGCCUAACCAGUUGAUUAUAUUUAAGGACUACUCUAGCCAGAGAUUGUACAUAGCAAUCCACUUCGACACAGACAUUCACGCUUCCCUUUCGCCACACUACAAUAUUUCCACAAUGGCCAUCAUCGAACUCGGUCGCAUGGGCGUCAAGCCCGGCUACAAAGUCAUGGACGAAUCCACCCCAGAAGGCAAAGUUUUGCCAACCGCCUACAAUGCUGUAACUACUCUACCCGGCGGCCCAAAGGACGCUCAUUGGGGGUUGGAAGUUGAAGACGAAUUGAAAGUUUGGGGUUUCUUCGAGUGGAACUCAAUUGAGGAACAUGAGAUUUUCGCGAAGAAAUACGGCGUAGAAGUCGUGAAGGACUUGCCAACUGUGUUGACCCACGGCGAGUUUACAAAGCACGUCGAUGUCACUCCAGCUCCAGCCCGAGCCCUUAAGUCUCCAGUGACUGAAAUCAUGCUUCUCUACUUUCCUUCGGACAUUUCACCGGAUGAGAAAGCCAAGAUUUCAGCGCGCUUCCAGCAAUUUGUCGAAGAAGGGUUGAACAAAUGCGCCGAUGUCACGAGCGUCAGCCACGGCUGGGGCGUGCAGAACGACUUUCCAGUGAGAGACGCGGCGGAUGGUCAGACUGGAUCUGUCUUCAUCGCCUUUGUCGGCUGGCCAAGCUUUGAUGCGAACACGAAGUUCCAGGAAACACAUGACUUCAAGGCGCAGAUAAAGUCGAUCACGGACACGGAGGGGAUGUUGAAGAUGGCUACGUUCCAUGUCCGUUGCGACAGCUCUGAGAGAGGAGUUUGAACUGCUCCAUAGACAUGAAUUUGAUCACAUUUGGAGUACUCCGUAUUGUGAUAGUCGUACAAAUAAAUAUUUAACCUCUCCCGC